UUAAAAAAACUUAUUCAUAAAAAUUAAUUCUUUCUUGAAUGUAGUCAAAACGUCCAUAUGGCCAGUAAGAGAAGAUACAACAUGCUCCUUUGGAGGAAAAAAUAACCCAGGCCAACAGCCUCUUCUUUGAGACCUUCUUCAUUUCAAAGCCUGUGAAAACAGCCCUUCUGAAAAAUGGUGUCACUAAUGCUAUCAAAACUCUGAGAUUGCCAAAACUACCUCUAGGAGGCACAUAGUACAGCACGAGGGCUGUAAAUGCUAAGACAUAAUAUUGAAUAACUAUUUGAAUCUUUAAGUAAGAUAGGUAUUGUGGCCUCCAAUAUGGAAAUGUAAUUACAGAAUGCAUAAGUAGCUUGCACAAGGUCAAAUAAUGACUCAAUGCAAGAGCUAGACAUAAAAUUUUCCUUACCACUUCCCAUUUCUCUGCUAAAACACAUUUUUUAUAAAUAACUUACAAAGCAUUCGAAAUUCCCUAGAAAAUCAAUAUUCAUGGUUGUGUUACUCUCAACUUUUUUGAAGUUUCUAUUUUCUAACUUUUAAAUAAAGAUAAGAGGAAUAUUUUGCCAAGGUUCAGCCUGGUUAUUUUUUUCUUCGAAUACUGUUAACUAAAGUAUAACCUCAUAUGUGACUAAAAUGGACCUCCAUGCUCUUUAUUAGCUGUUGAAUUACUUUUGAAAAAUGCCUGAAACUGUCACUGAGUGAUAAGUUGAGGCCCAAUGAAAUCCCAAAGAUCCCUCACUUGUGUGUGUGUGUGUGUGUAAAAUAUAUUCUAUCAUUUUUAUUUGAUUUUGAGAUAUGUAUAUCCUCUUCAAGUGUUUUAUGUGUAUGUGUGUAUGUCAAAAAAUUACAUUAAAAUUAAUUUAAAGCCUACACUACAUAGUAUAAUAAGAAAUAUCCUGGAUGUUACAAAGCAAAGUCAAGAAUGACUGACGCUCUCCCCUUAUGAGCAAAAUUAACAAUGGAGGAGAAAUCAGAGAAAUCCUGGGUCAUUGUCUUGGUCCAUUUUAUGCUGCUAUAACAGAAUACCUGAAACUGUGUAAUUUAUAAAAAACAAAUAUUUAUUUCUCACAGUUCUGGAGGCUGGGAAGUCCAAGGUCAAGGGCCCCACAUCUGGUGAAGGCCUUCUUGGUGUGUCAUCCCAUGGCGGAGGGUGGAAGGGCAAGAGAACACAUGAAAGAAGAGGAAGGAGGGCUGAAUUCAUCCUCUUAUCGGGAGCCCACUCCUGUGAUAACAGCAUAAAUCCAUUCAUGAGAACAGAGCCCUCAUGAGCCAGUCACUUAUUAAAGAUCCCACUUCUCAACGCCAUUGCAUUGGGGAUUAAGUUUCCAACACAUGAAUUUUGGGGGACACAUUCAAGCCAUAGAAGCAGUAAAUAACAAUACAAAAUUCUCAUCUAUCAGACAACAGCACAAGAAGACAGGAAACAGAAACCAGCCUGGAAUAAGAAAGCAAUAUUCAUUGAAGUGAUUGUUAUGUGGGAUUAUUUUAAUACACACUGGGACUAUUCGUAUAUUUCAUGAAUGCUGAUAAAAAGAAACUCCCUUUGCAGUAAUAACAGUACAUUCUCUAGUACAUUAUGGCUUACAAAACACUUUUAAAUGUACAAUGGAUAAGAUAGCAAGAGCUGGGUUCUCUUGGGUCUCCCCACACUAGCUACCAAUCCUUGCACCAAGCUUAAAAAAUCCAGCUACAGAUCCAAUUUCUCCAUCAAAAAAGGGCAGAGAACCCCCUGUGUCUCAGGAUCCUGUAGGGGGUAAGUGGGGUGACACGGAGCUGUACAGGCAUAAUCAUGUUUAGUCAAAGCCCUUAAUUCUCACAACCUUCCUGGGAGAGGCAUUAGCGUUCACAUCUCUGACUUGCAGAUGAGGACACUGAGACUCAGAAAGGUUUAGUGCUGUAGCCACGGACACAAAAUACACGUCUGGAGAAGAGAAUCUGCAUUUUCCGUUUCUUCUUCAAAUACUUUUUCUAGCGCUUACAACAUUCACACUAAGUGAAUUUACCACCAUUUGGGAUUAGAAAACAGCCUAUUUACGGGUGGAUCAUCUGAGCUCAAGAAUUCAAGACCAGCCUGGGUAACAUGACAAAACCCCGCCGCUACCAGAAAUACGAAGAAUUAGCUGGGCGUGGUGGCAUGGGCCUGUAGUCCCAGCUACUUGGGAGGCUGCGGUGGGACAAACACCUGAGCCUGGGAGGCAGAGGUUGCAGUGAACCGAGAUCGUGCCACUGCACUCCAGCAGGGGUGACAGAGUGAGACCCCAUCUAAAGAGACCUCAUCUAAAAAAAAAAAAAAGAGAGAGAGAGAGAAAACAGCCUAUUUAGAGAAGAAAAGAAAAUGGUCCCAAAACUCUAUUUAGAAGUCAGCCCCCACUUGGGGGAAUGGAACUGGGGCUUAGAAAAUCCAGCUUUGGGUCCCAGGUCACACUCACCAGAGUUGCAUCCCACAUAAGUCCAACAAUGCUUCUCUUCUCCAUUUUGUUUGUUUUUGUUUUCUUUGGUACAUCUUACUCCUACUGUUAUUGUGAGAUGCAAAUAAGAUCAUUCAACAAUUCUCAUCCUAUCUACUGAGUAUGUACAUCUACAUAGAACAUCUACAUAGUACAUCUAUAUCACCAGUGGGUGAUGCCUGACAUUUAUCCUCAGCAUCUAGGGCUGGAGGGGCUGGACACUCCCAUGCAUGCAUGCACACACGUGUGCACACACAUAUGCACACACAAAGUAUUUACAAGAUAAAGCAAAUGUCAGAAAAGAUCAGUGGCCAUGUGCCAUCUAUAUGCUAUAUACAUUUUUCAUUCUCUGUUUAGUCAUCAUUGGCUACUCUUCAUUUAGGUAGCAGUUGUAAGAAAUUAAAUGUAUCUAUGUUCUAGAAUUAUGGGGAGAAAAUAACUGUUGAAUGCUUCUUCUGUGCCCACCAUGGUUUUAGGUGCUGGGAAUACCUAGUGGGCAAGAUGGAUUAGGUUUCUCCCCUCAUGGAGCUGACAUUCUAGUCAGUGGAGAAAAACAAUAAGCCAGCAGACAGAUAAAUGAGGAAUUUCAGAUGAGGAUAGAGUGCUAUAAAGACAGUAAGACAGAGCAGGCCCCUUGAAAAGCUGAUUCCAGAAUGAGAAGAACUUAACUACGCAAGGAUCUGGAAGAGACAGUUCUCGGCAGUGGUGUUGUAGGACUUUCUUGUUAGCCUAGCUAAAAACAGCAUCCUUGUCACGUAACCACGAAAGAUUAGGCUCACAGACACUUUGAAGGGUGGGGAAAAUGGAAUUUAUUAGGCAAAAAGGAAAAAAAGGAAACAGGGACUUUCAGCAAAGCAAGAGUCCUGCUAGCCGGUUUCCCGCGUCACAGAUUGAAUCCCAGGUUCCACCCGGGAAGAGAAGAGGUCAGGCUCCUGUCCCCUGCAAAGGGCGUGAACUUCUGUGGCUCCACCCCAUCUUCCGGUGUGCAGGUAGUCAGAGUUUCCCUGCGGACCCCUUUAUGCUUGGCUGUCUCAGUGGGAGUGGCUAACACAAAGUCCCAAGGGGAAGAAUUGGCUUGUCCUGCUAGAGGAACCUCAGAAAGGCCAGUGUGGCCAGAGGAGCCAAGAGGGAGGAGCUCACAAUUGGGCAGGACCCCCAUCAUGCAGGGUCUGGUAGGCCAUGUGUGCUAGGGAUUGCAUUUGGCUGCCCAUGAAGACACCAACCACACGGACUUUAUUUAAUAGAAAUUUGUUUCCCACACAACAAAAAAGUCUGGACGAGGAGUCCACAGCUCUGAAGUGCCUCCAUGGACCCUCAGAUUCCCACAUGCCUUUGACCUUCCUGCUCUGUCACCUUUAGCAUGUGAUUUUCAUGCCUUUGAUUGCCUCACAGUUGCGAUAUGAUUGUUCUACCUUUGGCCUUCUGUCUGAAUUCAAGGUGGUACAAAUGAUGUCACCAGGAGGAAGGGGUGUCCCCAUAUUAAGAAUGUAAAUUUCCCCCAAAACCCCCCAGCAGAUUUCCAUGGUCAGAACUGUGUCACUUGGCUACCCCUAGCUACAAAUGAAGCUGAAAAAUAAAUGUCUUUUUUUUUUUUUUUUUUUUUUUUUUUGCGAAGUUCACUACCUUCUUAACGGUAUUUCCUUCAUUAGAAAUGCUAUUGAGUAGACAGAUUAUUCCACACUGUAAUGAGUAGCUUGGAUUGUAUUCUAGAGGAGAAGCUAUUUGCUGGUAGGUGGGAGAAUCAGGAGUUCUUUGAACAUGUGAAAUUAACUUCGCUGUCACACUGUCAGGAGCAGAAUGUAUCUGAAUCACAUAGCACCCAAAUAUAAUAUGUUAGUGGCAGUGAAUCUGUAAGAGUCUGCAGCAACCUCAAUUCUUGCCUCUUCAGAAGAAAAUUCAACUGAGGGGUAUAAAGCAGAAAGAGAGACUGAGGCAACUUUAAAGGAGGAGUGAAAGUUUAUUAAAAAGCUUUAGAUCUGGAACAAAAGGAAAGUACACUUGGAAGAUGGCCAAGCAGGUAACUUUAGAGAUCAAGUGCACGGUUUGACCUCUGACUUAGGGUUUUAUACACUGGCAUACUUCUGGAGUCUUGCAUCCCUCGUCCCCUGAUUCUUCCCUUAGGGUAGGCUGUCCACAUGCGCAGUGACUUGCUAGCACUUGGAAAGUGAGCAGGGGCAGUGUGUUUUUUGGAGGUGUACACGUGCUCACUUGAGGCAAUCUUCCCUUACCAGCCCCAUGUUCCUAGAAGGUCAUAUACCAGUCAAACGUUGCCAUUUUGCCUCUCGAUGUGUGGCAAAGAGAUCUUACCAGGAAGCUGCUGAUCACCACUUUCAGGUUUUUUCUACCUACUGGGAGACUGCCUUUCCCUGGCACUGACUGCAACCAAUUAUUAUUUUAGAGAAACAGUGUAACAACUUCCUGACCAUCACUUGAUGGUCACACAACAUUUCUGGUGGUGUGGGUUGUGGGGGAAGAGUCCUCUCCUGCCCUGCUCAGGCCGACUAACUACCUACUGUAAGACAACCAGAGGUUCCCAAUCAGUACAACCCUGGAGAACAGGUCACAGGCAAAGAGACACAACCUGUCAGACCUCAGGGCAGUCCAGGGGCCACCAGGGCCCCUCUGGAGCUCUGCUCCUUCCUGUGAAGGCUUUCUCCCCCACCCCCCAGGGUUCCUUACCAAUAGCAUUUGUUAUUGAGUCUAAGAUGCUGUGGCUCAUAACAUGCAACUUUGUUUUAGGUACCACUAAGGGUAAAAACACUACCAAUUAAAUGAUACCACAAUGUGCUCUUUCAACUUAAAAUUUUCAUUUUAUACUUCCAAGAAAUAGUUCUUUAGGCUUAAGACAUAAGACAAGUUUUUAACUAUAUAGCACUUUUGCACAUACAUAAAAAGGAAAUUACUCAUGAAAUUAAUCAGUUAGGUAUCCUUAAACCUUUAAGAACGUGAGUGAUGUGCUAUCUCUUUAAAGAGUAACCCAGUAUUAAUUUCAGGAUUCUCUUCUAAACUGUGGCACCCACUUGGAAGUUUGGAUGUGAAUGCAAGACAAUGGCAAGCAUAUCAUGACUGCAGCCUGGCCAACAAUUAUCCUAUUACCGGUGUUGAAAUGUGUGUAUGGAGUGGGGAAUGCAAGACCAAUGUAUGCUAUGUGCAUCUCCAUGUGUGCCCUGAUGCACAGAGUUGCGCAGCACUGAGUUAGACAACAAAUAGAGAAGCCAAGGUGGCGGUGGUGAGUCUGGAGUUCAGUGGAGGGGCAGAAAGAGAGAAAUUAGGUUGCAGAUGUGGCACCCAUAAGCGUCUGCAGGUGGUGGCGGUGGUGAGUCUGGAGUUCAGUGGAGGGGCAGAAAUAGAGAAAUGAGGUUGCAGAUUUGGCAUCUGUAAGCAUCUGCAUGAUAGUCAUCCACACGGGGCUGCAUGUGACUAUCUAUGGGAAGUCUAGAUAGAGAAGAAGGCCAAUGCUGAGCCUUGGGAUACUCAAAUGUUUAUAAAUCUAGAAGAGGGCAAACUGCCAAGCUGACAGAGUGAGUAGCCAGGGUGGCCAGAGAACUGGAGGGUAAGGCAGUGAUGUGGCACCUCCGGAGCAAAGGAGGAGGGGGACGGCCAGCUGCAUCAAGUGCUGCUAAGAGCUCAAAUAGAAUGAAAGUAGAAAAUGACCAUUGGAUCUGGCAGCACAUAGGUUAUAAGUGACUUCCACAAAAGGACCUCCCAUGGUUGAGGGCAGUGCAGCAGAACUUGAUGAAAACCAGACAAACUGGACUGGAGGGAGUGACAAGAGAUGAGGAGCUCAGCCUCCCUGAACAGUUUUGUUGUCAAAGGGAAAAGUACAGCCAAGAGAGGGGUGGUGUUUCCUUCGCUAAAGAGAUUAGGCCUGUGUGAAUGCGAAUCCAGCAAGGCAUUGCGGAAGUUAACAGCAGUUGCAAAGCACUGGGGCAGGCGGGAAGAACACGAUCCAAGGCACGAGAGCCAGGGGUCAGCCACGGCAACAGGUAGAUGAUGGUGAAAACCAGAAGUUUCUGAGAGUGGUCUCAAUUUAGGAAGUUUAUUUUGCCAAGGUUAAGGACGUGCAUUGACACAACCUCAGGAGGUUCUGAUGACAUGUGCCCAGGGUGGCCAGGAAACAUCUCGGUUUUAUACAUUUGAGGGAGACAUGAGACAUCAAUCAAUAUGUAAGAUGUAGGUUGGCUAUUUAGGAGGUAAAAUGUGAAGUGGAGGCGUCCGGGUCAUAGGUACAUUUAAAGAUUUUCUGAUUGGCAACUGGUUGAGAGUUAUCAUCUAAAGACCUGGACUCAGUAGAAGGGAAUGUCCGGGUUGCAUGAAGGAGUUGUGGAGACCAAGGUGUUAUCAUGCAGAUGAAGCCGGGAAUACACUGCAAAUGUUUCUUAUCAGAGUCCUCUAUUAGUCUUAGGGUCUCCGUGCGGAUGUUUGUGAGGCCAUGUUUGACUUCCGCUUCCCAUCAAGGCCUGAACUAGUUUUUCAAGAUAACUUAGAAGGCCACAGGCGGAGGGGAGGGUCCAGCCGUUGGCUGCAGGGCUUAGAAUUUUAUUUUUGGUUCAUAACGGAGGAGGGCAGGGACAGAAGCCACCGUCUCUGCUCCCCAGCGCUGGCCCUCACUCGGAAAGCAGGCUCUCCCCUCUCAUCGUCUUUUAACAAAUUCCUGCUCUCUCGGCCCCCGUCGCUGCCAUCUGGGCUCUCCUUUCCGCGCUUCAUUAGGCGCUGCCGCGGCAGGGGCUGAGGGCCUCAGGGGACGGUCGCCUCCCUGCCGGGACGCCCCGGCCCUGGCCCGCACUGUGGGGCGCCGUCACCCAGCCGUCGCCGCGUAGCCAGGAGCCCGGCUGAGCGCGUUCGCUGCAGGAGCCAUCCUCAGCUGGGCGCUACUUAACUUCCCGCAACUCCAGUCCCCGCAGCCAGUCGGGGAGCCCGCCUCCCUCUCCUUCCUUCUCCCUCUCACUUCUUCACCCCUUCUCUCCCCUCCCUCCUCCUCCCCCGCCUCCGCCCUCGGCCACAGCAUCCGACGUGGCGCGGCCGGCUGCGCAGGCACCGUAUGCUUGGCUCGCGGCCCGGCAGGGCGGGCGGGCCGCGGUGACGUCAGUGCGCAUGCCGUCGGUGGGCUCGGCUGCGCCACGUCGGCGCGCGGCGGCCGCGCCCCCUUAACGGCAGUGGUACUCACUCGGCUCGCGCGGCCCCGGCGCCCCACGCGCGCGCGUCGCUCUCCCGCCCGCUCGCUCCCCGGCGCUCACACCUGAGCUCACUCGCGCACUCCCGCUCGGCCCCGCGGAAGCUCCGCCGCGCCAUGUCUUCGCCUCCCGAAGGGAAACUAGAGACUAAAGCUGGACACCCGCCCGCCGUGAAAGCUGGUGGAAUGCGAAUUGUGCAGAAACACCCACAUACAGGAGACACCAAAGAAGAGAAAGACAAGGAUGACCAGGAAUGGGAAAGCCCCAGUCCACCUAAACCCACUGUGUUCAUCUCUGGGGUCAUCGCCCGGGGUGACAAAGAUUUCCCCCCGGCAGCUGCGCAGGUGGCUCACCAGAAGCCGCAUGCCUCCAUGGACAAGCAUCCUUCCCCAAGAACCCAGCACAUCCAGCAGCCACGCAAGUGAGCCUGGAGUCCACCAGCCUGCCCCGCAGCCCCGGCUCUGCUGCACUUGGUAUUUCCCCGACAGAGAGAACCAGCAGUUUCUCCCAAAUCCUACUCUGCUGGGAAAUCUAAGGCAAAACCAAGUGCUCUGUCCUUUGCCUUACAUUUCCGUAUUUAAAACUAGAAACAGCUCCAGCCCAAACCUUGUUUAUGGGGAGUCCGGUUGGAUGUCAUUUGAGGAUCAUUGUGCCCCUAGAGGUGCCAUUAGCAGAAUUUGCCAAGAUCCGAGAAAAACUUUAGCUUUAGUUCUGUUUCAGCAGUCACCUGACGUCCUUGUCUAUGGUCUUCAAAACAAGAAGGCACACAUUUGAGAAGAUGAGAUUAAGGUUAGGAGAAAACCUCAGUCAUUACAUGCUUUUUAGUAUGGGCCAAUAAAAUCUUAACACCUGUGGGAGAGUAAGAACUAAGGGAAUGAGUUUGGCCGGCCCCUCAGAAAGGACCUUAGAGGCAGGCAACAGCAAUGCCAAAUUUCCCUCUCUCGUGAGAUGGGGGAAUCCUGUGCAGGCUGAUGAGGCACCCAUGUGAAAAGCCGAAAAAGCAUGCAUCUUAGAAAUAGCCCCUGAAUUCCAGAAGUCAACAUGCCAAAGAAUGAGGCUGGAGACAGGUAGCUCCGAGGGAGGACUUCUGGCAUGAGAUCUCGGCACGGCAAGCCCAGCAUCGCCUCAGCCCAGACAGGCUCCACCAGGAGAUCAAGCAAGGGCUGCCUUUCAGGAGUCACCUCCUGAGCCACUUCAGAGUUCUGGAAGUGACCACGGACCAGGGUGGAGGAAUAGACUUCUAGUUCAUUCUGGGACACUUGAGCCAGAGAGUUGAAAGCUUGGAAAGACCAGAUAAGAAACCUGCCCUUUGUCUCCCUAGGGACAUGAGACACCACAUUCCAUUUGUGCUAGAAAAACCUAUCCACUGAUGAGUCUAACUGUUCCAAACGCCUCCCACCCGGUGUGCACAGCUGCCUGGGUCCAUUGUCACUUGGGUGCAUCAGGUUGUCCUCUGAUUUUUAGAUGAGUUUCCUGUCUAGAGAUGUCCUAGUCUGCUCACUGGCUGGUGGCAGUAGGGUACCCUGCGUCUUCGAAAAGCCAGAGGGUUCACCUAGUCAGACGAAACUCCAGAACAGUGCUUGUGGAGGGCCUGACUGUCCUGCUCACCCACAGCCGAUCUGCUGCAGGUCAGCAACUGUGUCAUGAGCAGCUGCCAACCACCAGCCUUUCUGGUGCUGUUCUCCAGUUCACGUCUGCCAGCUGGUGAGGGCAGAGGCAGACCUGGUCAGACCCAGCGCCCCUCCUCCCUGAGGGAGCAUGGCACAGCCUCACACUUGAAAGACGGUGUUUGGUUUCCCAUCUAAUCAACUUAAGGGAAGCCGGCAUGUACCCUUCAAGGCCCUGUCACCACCUAUUUCCUGAUCAGUUGGUAUAAACUGAGGGUGGCUUUUAGAGACCCAGACUUGGUCGGCAGCGCUGCCAUGGAACACCCCAGCAAGCACCUCCCAGCCUGCCUUUUGGAGCAGCACCCAGGAGGGGAUGCCGCACUCCAGCAACACCAGGUCAGGCCUGUGCAGACCCCUGCCCUGCCACUGCAGAAAUCCAGAAGCAUCCUUAAUGCUUCGCAGACUUCAGCCGGAGGGAGGGCUGUUAUUUCCAGAGGUGCGCUUUUUAUGUACUUUUAGCUAGAUGUGGCAUGCAUCUGUGAGCUUUAGAUCAUUAAAUCCAAAAUGUUUGCCUAAAUGAGUUUAUCAGUUGUUAACUUCAAGAAUAUUAAUGAUUUAUAAUAAAGCUCCUGCAUUUCUCUCCA